AGAACAAAAUAACUAGAAAAAGCUUGUUUUAUGGGCUGUUGAUCUGUCUGCAUGUUGGGGCAUCAAGGAAAGUGCAAAGAGGUUUGCCUCAUUAUGCCCUCUUAGUAGGGAAGGGCGGGGCUAUUGUCCCAUAUAUCAUUCAUAGCCUGGUUUUUACAACAUUUUAUUAUUGAAAAAAAAAGUGCUGCUUAGUUCUCACCUGUUCCUGCAGGCUGCUCAGAGAUCCUUCACAGGACUGAACCUGCUGCAGUGCGGCCUCGUAAUUCACAGCGGGGAAUGACCACUUGGCGGGGUUCACCUGGCAAACACACGAGCCGUUCUUCCUCUGGCCCGACACACGCUGGGCCCGGACGUCACCCUGCAGUUGCAUGCGAGUAAAGGGUGUGAAUACUUGUGACAGAGCACAGAGCAGCAGCGACAGAGCACAGAGCAGCAGCGACAGAGCAGCACAUCACCAGCCUGUAGUGUGGUGUGAACUGCAGCUGAGACAGCGUGGAGGCCAUCGGAUCACACACACCUUUACGCCUUUCACUCGCCUUCCGACUUCUGCUACAUACAUUUGUUUGUUUGUUUUUAUGACAACUUCUGAGCAGAGCCAUCACCUUUUCCCUCUCAUUUCAGAUAAACCGGAAGCAGGAACUUCCAAAAUGGCCAUUCAGCCAGGUCUGUGUGGAGAUUGCAAACUCGCAUACUCACAGUUAAGGGACGAUUUUCACCGCCUAGAGUCUGAAGUCCGGAAAAGGGAACAGCUGAUCGACGGAUUCGUAUCCGUAGCGGCGGCCCAGGCAAAGUAUAUCUCAUCUAUGCAAUCUCAGCUUGUCUCGGACACUGCGGACACUAUUCCCUGGCUACCCGGCCCUGCGGACGGGGAGGAGAGUCGGUCCUCCGACCACGAGCUGAGAGGACCUGCUAUAGACCCGACCCAUAGCUCCACCACGAAACCGGCAUCCUGGACGGAGGUGGUACGCCGCGGCCUCCGGAAAAAAACAGCUGGGGAGCUUCCGUUAAACACCUCCAACCGCUUCGCAGUCCUGACGGAGAAUACUCCCUCCCGGGCUUCCUCUACCCUUCGCCCCUACUCGUUGGCGCAGACUGAGGUAACUCAACGGUUAGAUGCAAGGCUUAGCGAGAUAGAAGUACAGCUCCGCAUCAUGGAAGCUAAGACGCUGGUGACUGCGGGCGUAGCCGGUGCGGCCCAAGCAGACGUGGCUCCCGCUAGCCGUCUCCCUGCAGCCCCCGAGCAGCCGGGGGGCCGGGUGACUGCUCCCGGGAGGCACUCGACUCGCCAGCAGCCACCUCGCGUUACAAACGGGUCUUCCGCACCCAGCAGAGUUGAUUUCUCAGUUGAGAGACCGACUCUGGUCAUAGGUAGCUCUAUUCUGAGAAACGUGAAGCUAGCGAAACCAGAGGCUACAGUUACAUGUAUACCCGGGGCCAGAGCAGGCGACAUUGAGUCCUAUCUGAAAGUACUGGCUAAAGAUAACCGUAAAUACAGUAAGAUUGUUAUUCAUGUUGGCGGUAAUGACACCCGACUACGGCUCUCUGAGAUCACUAAAGUUAAUGUGGAAUCUGUGUGUACAUACGCAAAAGCCAUGUCGGACUCCGUAGUCUUCUCUGGCCCCCUCCCGAAUCUGACCAAUGAUGAAAUGUUUAGCCGCAUGUCAUCGUUUCACCGCUGGCUGUCUUGGUGGUGCCCAGCAAACAAUGUGGGCUUCGUAGACAACUGGGACACUUUCUGGGGAAAACCUGGUUUGCUUAGGAGGGACGGCAUUCAUCCCACUUUGGAUGGAGCAGAUCUCAUUUCUGCAAAUCUGACCCAGUUUCUGUGUGGACCUGGUCCAUGACAACCCAGAGUUCAGACCAGGAAGCAGAGUUGCAGUCUU